UGUUGGGCUCAUUGCAUGGCCAUAAAUAUGCGUGUGUCUUUGCUAAUGUGAGCAUUUGUGCAUCCUGCAUGUCUUUUUUAACAUCCUUUUUAGCUCAUUACCAUUUAUAUAGAUUCUACUUAACCUACCCAGAUCUAAACCGAUUACCUUCCAUGUUCUGAAUGCAGAAGACAAAAGAUAUUUCCUUUUCUUCACUGAUGACAUUUUUCCUCUUUUAAAAAAAAAAAAAAAAAAAAAUUGGAUCAUUGGAUUAUUUGAUUGGAUCUUCAUUAUUUUUCCUGCCACGUUUCUUGAAGUUUGUCCUGGCAGAUUAUAUGUGAGUCUGGUGUGAGAGUUUUUUACUCUGCAGUGGAGUACUGUCCGCCCACCUGAGGUCUUUACGAGUGAUAGUUAUCUCAUAUGCUUAAAGUGGGUUUUGUGUCUUCUCACGCUGUAGAACAGCAUCUUCUCUUCUGGAUGUUAAGUUGUCAUCUUUGACGUGGCCAGAGACAGUGUGGACAUGGCUCAGGGUGGUAUUAAAUAUCCCUCAGUAUUCGUGGUGGACAGCAAUGCCAGACCCCCUCCACUGCCCCCCAAACCGGGCCGCAGCCAGCGGCACGGGGCACCCCAGACACUGCUGGGUGUCCUGGUCAUUGUGGCUCUAUGUGGAAUGGCUGUGGAGGCCUGUUUCAUCUACCAUCUUUACUCAUCCAAAGACAAGCCAACCUCUGAAAAUGAUCCACAGACUGCCAUGAGAAAACAAGUGAAAGACGAUGUUGUGUCCUUCAAGCCAAAACCAAAAGGAGUCAUGAAGCCAUCAAAACCAAUGGCACAUCUGACGACUGGUCAGCGUCCUGAUCAUGGAGUCCUGCUGUGGACGCAGAAUCAGGAAUCCAUCCUUUACCAUGUAAAACACAAGGUCAAUGAGGGCCAGCUCAUCAUAGAGAAAGAAGGUUUCUAUUCUGUCUACUCCAAGAUCUACUUAAAGGAGGACAGCUUCAUGUUCAACCAUUCUGUACUCCAGAUCACACCUCGAUACUCAGGGGGAGAAAUUUUGCUUCUCCAGUCCAUUAGGUCCCAUCUUAAACUCCAGAGGCCAGGAACCAUAGACAACAGCUAUCUCAGUGGGGUGUUUCACCUGUUCAAAGGUGAUGCUGUUUUUGUCAGGGUUAAAAACUGCACACUGGUGUUGUCAAAUUCUGCUGCUAACUACUUUGGUCUCUUUAUGGUUUAGAUGUAUUCUGGAGUCAAAGUGUUACAAUUCGGCAAAGGUGUAGGAAUUGGGUUAUUUCACAGCUAGAUUUAAUAAUAAACUAAAUUUGAUCACUUUUCCUUGCUUGUAACUUGGGAAAAAUAAGUAUGACAGCAAAAAAAAAUUGUAUAUGUUUAAAACGGUGUACACUCACAUGAGCUGUCUUCAAUAGAGUCUUAGAACAAGCCAUUUCAUUUUACAUUAGAGUCCCUGAUGUUGCCCGGCAUGUUUAGAUCACAUGAACAGCCAUGCCUUGCAACUCCACAGAGUUAAUCAACAAAAACUUCAUGCAUUCACGCUGACAAGUAUUAGAAUAAAGGCCAGCAAAAUCAAACACAUGGUCCAGUUGGUGCAGUAGAUGCUAUAACUACACCAUCUGGAACCAAACAUCAUAUUUCUCCAUUGAUGGUCAUUCAAAAGUGGCCAUGUACUGUAUACUGAAGCAACAUAUCAAUAUCAGUUGCAAAUAUUUAAUUAUAUUAGCCCGAUUUUUGGAGGGAUCUUAAAAGUAUGAAAUGGACUUUGACGUCACAGCUCCGGAUAGCCACUAGUGAAGGGUUUGGGACUGUGUACGUACUUGUGGUGUCAUCAGUCAAUCAGCAUUGUCGUGACGCCAUUUUUUUGUGGCUUCAGAGUAAUUAUUAAUGAUUGACAUGGUAUUUACGGCACAGGUGAUUGGAUCAAAAAUGUCCGUGACCAGAAUUAAGUGCAAAGAUGGCAAGUUUUAAAUCGCAUACUUCCAUCGGUUAAGGCGGCAGCCGAGCAAAUGCCAUUGAGAUGAAUGGAAAUAUUACGGGUAGAUCUCUUUAUGUUUAAUAGACCUAUAAACCAAAACUGACAGGUUAUGUAUGAGUAUUAAAACUGUAACUAUUACUUAGAGCACCUUUAGUUUGCUUUAUUUAUAAAAUAAUGCUGCUGCAAUGAACUGCACUCCCCAAAGGAAUUACUGCACAUAUGCAGGUGCUUAUCAUUUAAAUAUAGAAAACUAAAGUAAAUUCUAGCAGUAUCACACAUUUUCAAUGUGCCUUGUUCUGAAUCACACAUUAUAUAUAUAAAAAAUGUUUAUAACCUAAGACAUUUCUCUCUCAAAAUGUAUUUUGCGCAGUGACCAUUCAACCCCAUUACAAUCAGAACGUAUCAAGAUCUAAUGUUACAAGGUUGAAGGUCAGUGCAAAAAGGGCUAAUAAUGGCCUUAAAGGACUAGUUCACACAAAAGUUUGGCCAUAAUUUACUCACCAUGUGAAACAAAAGAGAUGUUUUAUCAAAUAUUGUGUACCAUCUUCUCAAUACAAUUGCAAUUAAUAGUUUCUCAUUUAAAAGUAUUAUAAACGUAGUACUUGCAGCUCGUGCAAUAUAUUCCAAAUCUUCUGAAGACAUACAAAAAGUUUUGGUGAAAACUGCCCAAAAUGUAAGGAUUUUCAUUGAAAAUCUUGACAUCCAUUGCACAUUCACAGUGGCUCGCUUGUUCACCCGAGAACUUGCUGCCUGGUCUCAUGAACAUUAUGUGGCUGUGGCAACAUUUUUGCAAAACAAAAUUAUGUGCAAUAUUACACGUUUAGCUGCAGUUUCCCAGUAAACUGUCCAGCAGGGGGCACCAAAAGCGAGUGAAAUGAUGUUGUAAUCAGAUGAGGUUUUUCAGGUGAAUAUUAGUCGGGGGUUUUAAUGAGUAAAACUUGCCUCCCUAACCUAAAACUUUCAAUGUUUUUCAAAUGAUUCCUAAAAGUAAAAGUGUUUCGAUAUCAUAACAUAGCAGUAUGUGAGGAACAGCGCAAAAAAUAUGUUUAUAAAGUCAUAAUCAGCCAUUGUAUUUGUGAUUUGUGUGAAUCUAAAUAAAACGCACAGUUGUUGUAGCGUCUAAAGUGUUAAUUUCACCAGAAAAACUGCCGUGAAAUGUAGAAUUUGGCAUGUAAAAGUCAGUUUGCAAAAAUGCUGUUAUAGUAACGUUCAUUCUAUAUGACUAGGUUGAGAACUUGAGCUGUUUUUAGAGCUAAAUCUCCUACACUCCUUUUGUGUUCUGCAUGCAAAAAAAAGUUUAAAAGUUUAAAAUGACAUGAUGGUGAAUAAAUAAAAUCUGAAUUUGUUUUUCUUCAGGUUAUCUAUUCUUUAAACUAGGAAAUAUUAUGACUAAAUAUUAUAAUAAGUUACAGCUCCUUUAGCACCUUGAUUUGCACGUGUCUUUUAUAUGGCUAUUUUUUACUAUUUGAAAUUGUUCUGAUAUUUUAAAUUAAAUUAUUCUGAAACUGUAUGUAAUUCUCUGUAGAUGUUUCUUACAUAUACAUAUGUAUAUCUCACAUUAGGUGUGAGAGUCCUGUGUUCACGUACAGUAUUUCGGCCGUAAGCACUGCACAGGGGCCAUUAUCUAUGUUGAUCAUUUUGUGCAUCAUCAGCAUCAAGCUGUUGUAAACUUCAACUGGAACAGAACAAAUUAUUUAAAAUGAAUGUAUGUAACAUUUUAUGUGUUGUUGGCUAUUUUUGAUGUAAAAAACAUGUCACUCAAAAUAAAGUUAUUGAAACACCUCA